AGAGUGCUGUCAUGCAGAGCGUCAUCAACUCGGUGAAAGGAAAGGCUCUGGAGGUGGCAGAGUACUGGACUCCGGUGCUGAAGGAAUCAAAGUUUAAAGAGACCGGUGUUAUUACCCCUGAAGAGUUUUUGGCUGCCGGUGACCAUCUUGUUCAUCACUGCCCUACAUGGCAAUGGGCAGCCGGUGAAGAGGCAAAAAUUAAACCUUAUCUGCCCAAUGGAAAACAGUUUCUGUUGACAAAGAAUGUACCAUGCUACAAAAGAUGUAAACAGAUGGAAUAUUCAGAUGAACAAGAAGCCAUUAUAGAGGAGGAUGAUGGAGACGGGGGAUGGGUUGAUACAUUUCAUCAUUCAGGCGUGAACAGCAUCACUGAAGCAGUGAAAGAAAUAACUCUUGAGACCCAGGAUUCUGGGAAAGCUGCUAGCAAUGACGCAUGCAAUGCUGACGAUGAUGACGAGGAAGGUGAAGCAGCAGAUAUGGAAGAAUAUGAAGAAAGCGGAUUGCUGGAACAUGAUGAUGCAACUGUGGACACAAGUAAAAUCAUAGAGGCCAGCAAACCAAAAGCUGAUGUUGGCAGUGAAGAUGCCAUCUUACAGACCAGAACAUAUGACCUUUACAUCACAUAUGACAAGUAUUACCAAACACCAAGACUUUGGCUAUUUGGUUACGACGAGCAACGUCAGCCGUUGACAGUAGAAAACAUGUAUGAAGACAUUAGCCAGGAUCACGUAAAGAAAACAGUGACCAUUGAAAACCAUCCUCAUCUCCCACCACCAGCAAUGUGUUCUGUCCACCCAUGCAGGCAUGCAGAAGUUAUGAAGAAAAUCAUUGAGACCGUUGCAGAAGGUGGAGGAGAGUUAGGCGUUCACAUGUACCUUCUUAUUUUUCUAAAAUUUGUACAGGCCGUCAUUCCUACCAUAGAAUAUGACUACACGCGGCAUUUUACAAUGUAACCACCGAUAUCCACCUGCAAAUCCAGUUAGCUCCAAUUUUUAAUGACCGGACAUAAACCCCUAUUGUUUUUUGUUUUGUUUUUUCCCCCAUACAUACAAAUUUGCCUCAUUUCUGUAAUGUAUAAUAUGCUUCUUUGAUUAAAUUUCUGCAUUUAAACAA